AUGACAUCGCUCAAGUCGUUCAUCAAGGCGGUCCGCGCGGCCAAAACUGCGGCAGAUGAACGCACAGUGAUUCAAAAGGAAAGCGCCAAGAUUCGCACGUCAUUUAGAGAUGAUAGAACUUCGCAUGCCACGCGACGUAGCAACGUGGCAAAGCUCCUUUACCUGUUUACCCUGGGUGAACGCACCCAUUUCGGCCAGGUUGAAUGCCUGAAACUGCUGGCUUCCCCCCAUUUCACAGACAAGCGUCUAGGAUACCUGGGUACGAUGCUUUUACUGGACGAGAACCAGGAAGUCCUCAUGCUUAUCACGAACUCACUCGACAAUGAUCUCCUGCAUCCAAACCAGUACGUGGUUUCGCUUGCCCUCUGUACUCUAGCGAAUAUUGCCUCAGGAUCUAUGUCCCGUGAUUUAUUCCCGCGCGUUGAAAAGCUCAUUACAGCGAGUAAUCCAUACCUCAAAAAGAAGGCAGCAUUGUGUGCUCUACGCAUCAUUCGCCGAGUUCCUGAACUCGAGGAGAUGUUUGUUGAGCACGGUAAAGCUCUUUUGACCGAGUCCAACCACGGUGUUUUGCUUUGUGGCGCUAGUUUGGCCAUCGAUAUGAUCGACAACAACCCGGUGUUGGCCAACGACUUUGCCGAGAUCUUACCAGGCUUGAUUUCCACCCUCAAGACUCUCUCGACCACGGGUUACUCGCCUACGUUUGAUGUCCAAGGUGUGCCUGAUCCGUUUUUACAAACCCGACUCAUCAGAUUGCUCAGGGCAAUGGGUCAAGACAACCAGCCAUUGAGCGAACAGAUGACAGAUAUUCUUGCGGCCAUUGCAUCCAAUACUGAUGGCGCUAAAAACGUUGGUAACGCCGUCUUGUACGAAGCAGUUCUGGCUAUUUUUGCUAUCGAGGCCGAUUCCGGUCUGCGUGUUUUGGGCAUCAAUAUCCUCGGUACAUUCUUAUCAAACAAGGACAAUAAUACCCGUUAUGUUGCUCUGAACACCUUGCUCAAGGUAGUGGGUAUAGAACCAGCUGCUGUGCAGCGCCACCGAGCAACGAUUGUAGAGUGUUUCCAGGACCCAGAUAUUUCGAUUCGACGAAGAGCUCUUGAGCUGUCGUACGCCUUGAUCAACCAAUCGAAUGUAAGAGUGAUGGUACGCGAACUCUUGACGUUUAUGGAAGAUUGUGACCCUGAGUUCAAACCCCAGCUUGUGUCUCAGAUCGCUUUGGCCAGUGAGAGGUUUGCACCGAACAAGCGCUGGCAUAUUGACACGCUGAUGCGCACCUUUGCUCUAGCAGGUAAUCACACAAAAGAAAACGUCCUCAGUGCAUUCAUUUUACUAGUGAUUGAUGCCCCGGAUCUUCAGCUCUAUGCUGCUCAAAAGCUGUAUCGCCAGGUUCGCGCAGAUCUUAGCCAACAGGGUCUUCUUAUUGUCGCGCUCUGGGUCCUCGGUGAGUACUGUGACAUCUUGUUGCAGGCUGGAUCAUUCAAUGAUGACGAGGGCUCUGUUGAUAUCAACGAAUCACUUCUCGUUGAGCUAGUUGAAAAUAUAUUGGCAAGCCCCUUUGCGACGCAGGUAGUCCAGGAGUACGCUAUCAAUGCUGCAGUCAAGUUCAGUGUGCGUAUGAAGGGUGCUCCAGAAUUUGAUCGUAUCCGGCGUCUUUUGGGCCCCUUUGCUCACUCGCUUGAUCCCGAGCUACAACAGAGGGCAAUUGAGUAUAAAGUGCUCAUGGUUCAGGAUAAGCUUCGCCGUGGUGUUUUUGAACGUAUGCCUGCGCCUGAAUUUGGUGAGGAUCUUGAAACUCAGCAUGCAAAGGCCAUGUCCAAGGCACUUGUUCGUCGUAGACGCCGGCCCAUUGCUCCCGGCGCCAAGCCUGCAGUUUCGGAGGCGCCGGUUAGCGACUUGCUUGAUUUGGGUGACAGUGCUACGCCUGUUGCUGCACCUUCUAGUGACUUGCUAGCCGAUAUCUUCGGCUCGUCGCCUGCUCCCACCGCGCCCUCUCCGGCUCCGGCUCCGGCUCCGGCAAACCCCGCUGCCAAAGAUAUUUUGGAUCUGUUUGGAUCGACACCUGCUGCGCCUACGCCUGCGCCUGCUGCUUCUGUACCUCCCGUCCCUAGCGGCCCCCCGGCUUAUUCGAGCAGUCACCUCGUUUUGCACAUUUCUGGAAGCAAAGAGUCUAGCGGAGUAGCCAAGCUCAGGGCAGUUUUCACUGCCACUUCUCCGGUCGAGAAUAUUGUGAUGCAAGUUGCUGUCCCGAAAUCGCAAAAGCUGGCGCUGCAGCCGCUGGCAAAACCAGAUUUGGCCGCCGGAGAGUCUACGGAACAGCUCAUCAAGAUCACAGGCCCCGAAGGAGCAGCCCUCAGACUCCGGUUGCGUAUUUCAUACGUGGGCGGUGGUCAAAAUAUCCAAGAACAGGUUGACUACAACGGUCUGCCUCAGGGAUUGUUUUAA